AUGAAGGUUCUGGUUUUGGGUUCCACCGGGAAACUUGGCUCCCGCAUCCUGUCCGCACUCUUGGCGAGAGGACACUCUGUUGUCGCCUUUGCGCGCGACUCUUCAAAACUCCCUCCUAGCAUCAUCCCUCAGUUAUUAGCUGUGGAGCAUGGCGAUGCCACAAAACACGCCGAUAUCAUAGCGGCCGGAAAUAAGCAUCAAUGUGAUGCUAUCGUUAACUCAGCUGGCUAUGCUUCCAUGGUACCUUGGGGAAAGAGUGAUCUCCCUUCAAUCGUGGAUGCAGUCAUUGCCGCCGCAUUGGAGAUGGGCCAAACACGCCAAACCCCCUUGCGGAUGUGGUUCCUUGGAGGAAUCGGCCUAUUGGACCUUCCCAACACCAAAUACCAACUUGUGGACUAUUUGCGAAUGUUCCCGCAACACCGUCACACCUGGGAAAAGCUUCAGGCCCUGCCCCCAUCGGGUAUUCAGUGGUCUGUACUCUGUCCUGGUGUUAUGUAUCCUUUGAGCGAAAGGACGUAUCCUCUCGCAAAUGAAGCAUCGGCCAAAAAUCUCUCGGUUGCUAGCACUUCACCCCCUGAAUGGUCGUCCAAAUUGUUGGCUACACCACUGGUUGGAGGCUACUUGAAUGUUCUGAGUCAAGUGUCGUCAUACAAAACAACACUUGAGGAUAAUGCAGAUUUCAUUGCUCAGGAUCUCUUGGACGGUACAGAGAGCCCGUGGAUUUACCAGAAAGUUGGUACGCGGCAGAAGAAGCACUGGGUGAGCCCAUGA